GCUGAAAGACGCCUAUGACGUUGUCAAAGAUCCUGCAACAAAGAGCCUGAAAGGUGCAGACCGUGAUUCUCUCAAAAAGUUGCAGAGACUGGUUGAUGAUGCAGUCUACAUUGCAGUUAUGACCUUUUUGAAGAAGGAGUGCAAUUCCUUCAUUGAGGACUUCGGCAAGGCCAUUGGCAAGAGACAGCCUUUUGAGCGAGAGCUUCUUGGACCAGACUCAUGCCUGUUGUGUUUGGGAGAUGUCGGCACGACUGGCAAGUUUGCCAAGCAGGUGUCGGACCAUUUCAAGAUUGGCCUUACCUUCGUUUCUCGAGUGAAUGAGGCUUUGGAAGGAAAGCUUGAUCCCAAGGAAGCACAGCAGUGUGUUGAGGAGUGGGAGACGUGGUCUGAGGAAGUGAAAGAGUUGCUCUGUGGCCAAGUGAAUUCCUCUGCCAUUGAUGCGGCUAGCAGUUGUCUCAAGUUCGUUGCAGACAACAUCUUGGCUGAUCCUGACGUUGAACUACCGGAGAAGAAAGUCACGCAGUUUUGUCAGGAUGUGGAAAAAUCAGCUCGCAUGUCAAGCGUCAUGGACCAGGAGGAAGGAGAGUCUAUCAGGGAAGGUCUGAACAUCUUGGAGAAGCUUGUCAGGUCGGUCGCUGUGUUGAAAAGUGAGGCAGUCAAUGCCAAAGGGGAAAAGGAUGAAAAUGGGGAGAUUACAUCUAAACAGCUUGAAGAUCUUGGUGCCUACUACCAGAUUCUAGAGAACAGCAAGCCUGGUGAAAUGAAGGUCGCUUUGGAGGCCCUAAGUGGUAUCAUUUCAGGUUCCAGUUCCGACAAGUCAGACAAGGACAAGGACAAGCCUCGUCACAUCAAAGAGUUUGACUCGGUGAUUGGUGAUUUCCUGGUUUGUCAUGAUGAGAGUGUUCAGGAGCAGGUUGGUCUUCUUCGGACCUCAUUCACUGAGGAAGUGAAAGCCAUUGAAAUCCCAGAGACUUUGGAGCUUCUGCCGGCCUUGGUGGAGCCUUGUACACUGAGCCAUUUCUUUGAGGAUGCAACGAUCACUUUGAUCAAAGACUCUUUUGGCAAAGAUGCAAGCACGCCUGUCAUUGAGGCUGCUGUGGCUUUGGAAGAAGCCAUCCGGAACAUUCAGCGUGGGGCGACUGGCCUAAAGAUGAAGCCUGAAGUGUUCUUCCCUGAGUAUCCACACGUGGAAUCGACUUGGAAGAAAUGCUUGCUCUGGAUGACAACUGGCAACAUUCUGGGAACCCUGUGCUCAAAGUCCGUUCGGAAAUCGAUUCAAGCAAAGUCGAAGAUCACAGAUGCAGUCUCUAACAAUAUCAAGGGUGCAUUGGAAGUGGUGGAUGAUCACAAGCUGGAGGUGCCUGGUCACAUCUUGAACAUUGCCAAGGCCCUUUUGGCUGGAGAGCGCUCAGAUGUCUUGAAGUAG